AUGGCGUCCAACGUCCUAUCCAUGCCUGAUGAAAUCCUAGCCUGGCACAUGCGGCUGCUGCAUUGGUUCCCGAAAGAAGAAGGGUACGAGGUCAGCGGCGUCUUGAGCAGCGACGGACUCGGCGUAGCCUUCCAUUCGAUCACGGUCCACCUGCAGAUCCCCGAGAAGGACAUCGACCACAAGUUCCUGGCCCUCGUGCUGGGCGAGUGUGGCUGGGACGCCGACCAUAUGGACCACGACAACACGGUGCUGGACGAUCGGAUCAAUUACCACUCCGACCACAUGCUCGCCACACUUCCCCACGGCAGUCCCUUCGCCUGUGGGGUGGUUUGGCAUAACGCUAUCACUCUUCUCCGGUAUAAGCCGGAGAAGCACAAGUACGCUCGGUGCACGGCCCACGGCCAGAAUAUUCUGGAUGUGAAGUAUGAAGCCGCAACCAUUGACAGUUGGUUCCGCCGGCUGAAGAAGAAAUGGAGGCCCGAGACCAUCCCCUAA